AUGAUGGGAGACAAAGGAUUUUCAGUGUUUCCUGCGAUAGUAUGCUUUGUUUCCUUCGUAACGCUGCACCUUGUUUAUGGAGAUCUGAGUUAUUCUAUCCCAGAAGAGAUGAAACGCGACUCUGCUAUUGGAAAUAUAGCCAAAGAUCUCGGUCUCGAUUUGAGGACUUUAACUUCAAGAAAGGCCCGUGUUGAUUUUGAGGGGUCUCGUAAAAGGUACUGUGAGAUUCAUCUGAAUACCGGAGAUUUAAUCACGUCGGAAAGAAUUGACAGAGAAAGCCUUUGUAGCAAGAAACCAUCGUGUGUUGUAAAGGUUGACCUGGUGUUGGAAAAUCCUUUGGAGCUUCAUCGUAUAACACUUAACGUUCAAGAUGUAAACGACAACUCGCCGAAAUUCAAGAAAAAUUUGAUUGAAAUGGAAAUAAGCGAGUCAGCUGAAAAGGGAAAUCGCUUCUCUAUCGAGGAGGCCCAUGAUGCAGAUAUAGGUCCAAAUGCUGUUCAAAGGUACAACUUACAGCAGAACGAUAACUUUAUUCUCGCUGUUGAUAGUAAUAAGGUUGAACUUGUACUGGAGAAUAAACUUGAUCGAGAGAAACAAAAAGAGAUGAAUUUGCUUCUCACUGCGUUAGAUGGUGGAUCUCCUCAGAGAUCAGGUACAGUAGUCAUACACGUAACUGUGCUGGAUGCUAAUGAUAACGCCCCAGUGUUUAGCCAGGCCGUUUAUAAAGCUACUCUGCCAGAAAACUCUCCUCCAGAUACCACAGUGAUGUAUGUCAGUGCCACUGACGUAGAUGAAGGAGUGAAUGGAGAUGUGACAUAUGACUUUGGCCAUGUGUCAGAUGAUGAUGUGAAUGUAUUUUCUAUUGAUUCUACAACGGGAGAAAUUACAGUAACUGGUGUGAUUGACUUUGAAGACAGUAGUUCUUUUGAGAUGAGAGUGGAAGCUAAAGAUGGUUUAGGUGUAACCUCAUACGCCAAAGUUAUAAUAGAUGUUACUGAUGUAAAUGACAAUGCUCCAGUGAUAUAUCUGAAAUCACUGUCUAACUCCAUACCUGAGAAUGUGUCACCUGGUACAGAGGUGGGCAUCAUUAAUGUACAGGACAGAGACUCAGAGAAUAACGGACAGGUCCGCUGCUCCAUUCAGCAAGGCGCCCCUUUUAAGUUAGUUCCCUCUAUUAAAAACUAUUAUUCUCUCGUGACUACAGGACAACUGGACCGUGAACUAGUGUCUGAUUACAACAUUACAAUCACAGCCACCGACAAGGGCUCUCCACCUCUGUCCUCCUCUAAAACUGUUCAGUUAUCUGUAGCAGACAUCAACGACAACCCACCUGUGUUUGAGGAGCAGUCGUACAGCGCAUAUCUGACUGAAAAUAACAAACCUGGCUCCACUUUAUGUUCCGUUACUGCUCGAGACCCCGACUGGAGACAGAACGGUACAGUGAUUUAUUCUCUGUUACCUGGUGAGGUGAACGGAGCCCCGGUGUCCUCCUAUGUAUCUGUUAACGGAGACACGGGGGUGAUCCACGCUGUGAGGUCGUUUGAUUAUGAACAGUUCAGGAGUUUUAAAGUCCACGUGAUGGCCAGAGACAACGGUUCUCCUCCGCUGAGCAGCAACGUGACCGUCAAUGUGUUCAUAUCGGAUGUGAAUGACAACUCUCCUCAGAUACUGUACCCCGCCGCUGAGGGCAACUCCUUCAUGACCGAGCUGGUCCCCAAAGCUGCACACGGAGGCUCUCUGGUGUCCAAAGUGAUAGCGGUGGACGCGGACUCCGGACAGAACGCCUGGCUGUCCUAUCAUAUAGUGAAAUCCACCGAUCCGGGACUUUUCAGUAUUGGUGUCCACAGCGGAGAGAUCAGGACACAGCGGGACAUUUCUGAAUCUGACAACAUGAAACAGAACCUUAUUGUGUCAGUGAAAGAUAACGGACAGCCCUCUCUCUCUGCCACCUGUUCAAUGUAUUUACUUAUUUCUGAUAACUUGGCUGAGGUCCCAGAACUGAAGGAUAUGUCUUACGAUGAGAAGAAUUCCAAACUGACCUCUUAUCUGAUCAUCGCGCUGGUGUCCGUGUCCACCUUUUUCCUGACCUUCAUCAUCAUCAUCCUGGGUGUGAGGUUUUGUCGCAGGAGAAAGCCCAGACUGUUGUUUGAUGGAGCAGUUGCCAUCCCCAGCGCUUAUCUCCCUCCUAAUUACGCAGAUGUUGACCCCACAGGAACUUUACGCAGCACUUAUAAUUAUGACGCCUACUUGACAACAGGUUCUAGAACCAGUGACUUUAAGUUCGUUUCAUCUUACAAUGACAACACUCUGCCUGCUGACCAGACUUUGAGGAAAAGUCCAUCAGACUUUGUUGAUCCCUUUGAAGAUUUGGAUGCACCUGUAGAGUGUUCCUGCCACUACAUUGUGACAGCGUUUGUUUGA